AUCGCGGCCGGGAGGCCUUUUUGCCUUCGUCGCGGCGCCGCGCUGGUCGUUCGUAGAUCCGCCGCCAUCUGACUCGGAACUUGGCCCGACGCUGCUCUCGCCACCAUGCCGCCCAAGUUCGACCCCAACGAGAUCAAAGUCGUCUUCCUGAGGUGCACUGGAGGUGAAGUCGGAGCCACGUCUGCUCUGGCUCCCAAAAUUGGUCCUUUGGGUUUGUCUCCAAAGAAAGUGGGAGAUGACAUUGCCAAGGCCACUGGUGACUGGAAGGGGCUGAGGAUCACCGUGAAGCUGACUAUUCAGAACAGGCAAGCACAGAUUGAGGUGGUGCCAUCAGCCUCUGCUUUGAUUAUCAAAGCUCUGAAGGAACCUCCUCGUGACCGCAAGAAGCAGAAGAACAUUAAACACAGCGGCAGUGUCAGCUUCGAUGAGAUCAUCAACAUUGCCCGGCAGAUGAGACAUAGAUCCUUGGCCCGGGAACUCUCAGGGACUAUUAAGGAGAUCCUGGGAACCGCUCAGUCUGUUGGCUGCAGUAUUGAUGGGAGACACCCACACGAUAUCAUAGAUGACAUCAACAGCGGUGCAAUUGAGUGCCCGGCGAGCUAAGUCUGCCACCUGAAUGGACUGGAUGCAACUAUCUUUCUGUCCUUACAUAAUACAUGUAGUUCGUUUGGCUAUUGGCAUGAAAGGUGGAGCCCUUUCUCAGGGGCAUAUCUUCCUCACCGCUUCUGCAAGGUUUGACUCUUGGGGCGUGAUUCCAUCACAGUCCCUCAAGAGUGUUGAACGGAUUGUGUGUGCAUUUCAAAUACAAUAAAAAAAAUGGUGCCAGGUUAA